CGCCUCUUUUGUGCUCCCAGAUGCCUGGGUGCAAGGUGGCCUCAUUAGUGCCCGGAGACCGCCCCAUCUCCAGGGAGCAGGCGGACAGACAAGGGGGUGAUUAGGGGCACAGUGAUCCAACCCUGGCCUCUGAAUGCAGCAGCGGCCAUUCCUUGGGCCCAGCCUGGAGACGGCCCCCCUGCAGGAGGCUAAUCUUAGACUUGCCUUUGUCUGGCCCGGGUGUGGACGCAAGUGCCUGUCAAUUCCCUGCCACCUCAGAGCACUAUAAACCCAGACCCCUGGCAGAGGGUCACAAUCGACAGCCUCAAGGUUCCUGGCUUUUUGAACCACCGCAGACAUCUCCUUUCCCGGCUGCCCCACCCUGAGCACCAGAUACCAUGAACCUUCCUUCCACAAAGGUCUGCUGGGCCGCCGUGACGCUACUGCUGCUGCUGCUGCUGCUGCCGCCCGCGCUGCUGUCGCCCGGGGCGGCUGCACAGCCCCUGCCCGACUGCUGUCGUCAAAAGACGUGUUCCUGCCGCCUCUACGAGCUGCUGCAUGGCGCGGGCAAUCAUGCGGCCGGCAUCCUCACGCUGGGCAAGCGGCGAUCCGGGCCCCCUGGCCUCCAGGGUCGGCUGCAGCGCCUCCUGCAGGCCAGCGGCAACCACGCCGCGGGCAUCCUGACCAUGGGCCGCCGCGCAGGCGCAGAGCCAGCGCCUCGCCCCUGCCUCGGGCGCCACUGUCCCGCUGCGGCCGCCACAUCCGUCGCGCCCGGGGGACAGUCCGGGAUCUGAGUCUUUCUUCGGGCCCUGUCCUGGCCCAGGCCUCUGCCCUCUGCCCACCCAGCGUCAGCCCCCAGAAAAACGGCAAUAAAGACGAGUCUCCAUU